AUGCCGACUGGAAUGGUGGCACAAAAGGAGAGUUCGAAAAUACCUACGGAGUUGGAUGUUUUCGAUCUGGAGGAGCCACAGAGGCUGCGGAAGCUGGAGUCCCGGACAGACUCUUUAAAAGACAUGGAAGUCUCUAACGACUCAAGCCCAAUGUGGUCUGGCAUUGUCAUCUUGCAGGAUUGCUCCUGGACCAAUGUUGUUCAACUGUGUAACUUGUAUAGCGGCUCGGACAGUAACUUGUACCGUGGCUCUGACAGUAACUUGUACAGUGGCUCUGACAGUAACUUGGACAGCGGCUUGGACAGUAACUUGUACAGCGGCUCGGACAGUAACUUGGACAGCGGCUCGGACAGUAACUUGGACAGCGGCUCGGACAGUAACUUGAACAGUGGCUCGGAGAGUAACUUGAACAGUGGCUCGGAGAGUAACUUGGACAACGGCUCGGACAGUAACUUGUACCGUGGCUCGGAUAGUAACUUGUACAACGGCUCGGACAGUAACUUGUACCGUGGCUCGGACAGUAACUUGUACAGUGGCUGGGACAGUAACUUGUACCGUGGCUCGGACAGUAACUUGUACAGUGGCUCGGACAGUAACUUGUACCGUGGCUCGGACAGUAACUUGUACAGCGGCUCGGACAGUAACUUGUACCGUGGCUCUGACAGUAACUUGUACAGUGGCUCUGACAGUAACUUGGACAGCGGCCCGGACAGUAACUUGAACAGCAGCUCGGACAGUAACUUGUACAGUGGCUCGGACAGUAACUUGGACAGCGGCUCGGACAGUAACUUGGACAGUGGCUCGGACAGUAACUUGUACAGCGGCUCCGACAGUAACUUGGACAGCGGCUCGGACAGUAACUUGAACAGUGGCUCGGACAGUAACUUGGACAACGGCUCGGACAGUAACUUGUACCGUGGCUCGGAUAGUAACUUGUACAAUGGCUCGGACAGUAACUUGUACCGUGGCUCGGACAGUAACUUGUACAGAGGCUCGGACAGUAACUUGGACAGCGGCUCGGACAGUAACUUGGACAACGGCUCGGACAGUAACUUGUACCGUGGCUCGGAUAGUAACUUGUACAAUGGCUCGGACAGUAACUUGUACCGUGGCUCGGACAGUAACUUGUACAGAGGCUCUGACAGUAACUUGUACAGCGGCUCUGACAGUAACUUGUACAGAGGCUCGGACAGUAACAUGGACAGUGGCUCUGACAGUAACUUGUACAGAGGCUCGGACAGUAACAUGGACAGCGGCUCUGACAGUAACUUGUACAGAGGCUCGGACAGUAACAUGGACAGUGGCUCUGACAGUAACAUGGACAGUGGCUCUGACAGUAACAUGGACAGUGGCUCUGACAGUAACAUGGACAGCGGCUCGGACAGUAACUUGGACAGCGGCUCUGACAGUAACUUGAACAGUGGCUCGGACAGUAACUUGGACAGCGGCUCUGACAGUAACUUGUACAGAGGCUCGGACAGUAACUUGGACAGCGGCUCUGACAGUAACUUGUACAGAGGCUCGGACAGUAACUUGGACAGCGGCUCUGACAGUAACUUGUACAGAGGCUCGGACAGUAACUUGGACAGCGGCUCUGACAGUAACUUGUACAGAGGCUCGGACAGUAACUUGGACAGAGGCUCGGACAGUAACUUGAACAGUGGCUCGGACAGUAACUUGUGUAACCGAUUUUAG